AUGCCAACUCCAAUCCCCGGGUUUCUCCUCCCACGAGGCCCGCCCUCAGCGUUGACCCUGCGCGCCCUCCAACGCCAAAGCGCGCGACGCAGCUUCACCUCUACCAGCGCCGCAUUGAGGAAAGCUAGUAAAGGCAACACCAAUGCCAAUUCCAAUUCCAAGCCUCGUGUCCUCGCAAAACCCGACAGAUUCCGCCCGCCUUCGCACCCCCAGCGCCUCACGACUCCAUCUCCGAAGAACGUACCCGCAGGCCAACCAUUCGAGUAUGGCCCGCGCACGACGGAGAAAGAGCGCGUGCAGCAGAACAAGACGCAGUAUCCGGGCAUGUUCCCGCCAGAGGGGACAGUGAUGUUUAAGUUCCUAACGAGCAAGUGGAUCCACAUUUGGAUUGCGUUGAGCGUCCUAGUGUCCUGCGCCGGGUUCACCUUCACAACAAACUUCAAAGCAACCUCCCCAUUCGCCCACCUGCUACCAUCCUGGUCGAGUCUGCUGACCUCGCCCAUCGGCACGAUCUCGCAGGUGUUUUCUGUGUGGCGCAUGCAUGUGCAGCACAACUCUAUGCGCGUGCGGGAGCAGCGACACCGCCGUGUUGAGGAUGCGGAGAAGAGGAAGCAGUACCGUAUUGCACAUGGGCUUGAGGAGGCGGAGCCUGAGAAGAAGAAGAAGGAUGAGAGUGCCAAUGAGGUUGAUUCUCAGUCCCCUGUUGCUGCUGUUGAGGGUGCGGAGGGUACGAAGGAGUUUGUUGAUUGGGAGGGGAAUAAGAAGCCCGUAAAGAAGUGGUUGGGAAUUUGGUGA